AUGUCGUACUGCAAGAUCGAGGCCCCGUACCCGACGGCAGAGGCCGGGGAGAAGCGGGUCAUCUUCGCCCUUGACCACAAGGGCGAUGAGGCGGAGCAGGAGCAGUACAUGCUGCAGCUUAUCCCUGGCCGUGUGUUGGAGCUGUCGCGCGAAGACGCCGCGAAUCAUCAGGCGCUCGGCGGCAGCAUUGAGCAGCACAGCGUAGAGGGUUGGGGCGCCACGUUCUUCCACGUGAAGCUGGAGAAACAGGCCGCCUCCACCCUCAUGCACGUCCACGAUGAGGACCACGGCGAGAAGGUUCGCAAGUUCGUCGCCAUGUCCACCGCACCCAUGUUCCCGUACAGGAGCCGCUACCCGGUCGUGGUGUAUCUGCCCAAAGACGCGGAGCUGCGCUACGGCGUCUGGUGCGGAGGCCGGCAGAUGCAGGCAGCCACAGAGUAA